CUCACUGGACUCUCACCUGUUAAAGGGUGAAGGAGGGUGAUUGUCCUAAGUGUUAGGUGUAGCAAACACUCCCUUGAAUAAGAUGCUCAGUUAGAGAAACCGGAAAGUGAUCAAUGCACAAAAAUGGCAGACGUUGAACAGAGAUAUGUACGUCCUCCAGAUCACAAAGAGUUUUCAUUUGGUACACCUCAGGAGUUUGUCAAGAAAUUUGGAGGGAAAAAAGUAAUUACCAGAAUCCUCAUUGCAAACAAUGGCAUUGCUGCAGUCAAGUGUAUGCGAAGUAUACGCAAAUGGGCAUAUGAAGUGUUCAGGAAUGACAGAGCAUUCCAUUUUAUUGGAAUGGUCACACCAGAGGACUUGAAAGCUGGAGCAGAAUAUAUAAAAUUAGCUGAUGACACUGUUAUGGUACUUGGAGGGGCUAACAACAAUAAUUAUGCCAAUGUCAAAGUCAUUGUGGAUACAGCAAAACGGUGCAAUGCUGAUGCUGUCUGGGCUGGUUGGGGCCAUGCUUCAGAAUACCCAGAAUUGCCAGCUAAAUUGCUCAAGCAUGACAUUGCCUUUAUUGGUCCACCAGAGAAGGCCAUGUGGGCUCUUGGUGAUAAAAUUGCAUCCAGCAUUGUUGCCCAAACAGCUGACAUACCAACACUGCCAUGGUCAGGAUCAGGUCUAAAGGUUGAGUAUUCAGAACGUGGUGCUGGGAAACGCCUCAAUAUACCUCGUGAACUAUGCCGGAAAGGUUGUGUUGAAAGCUACGAAGAAGCAUUGUCAGCUGCUCAAAAAAUUGGAUUCCCCGUUAUGAUUAAAGCCUCUGAGGGAGGUGGUGGGAAAGGCAUUCGGAAAGCAGAAUCAGAAGAAAAUUUCCAAGCAUUAUUUAGACAGGUGCAAGCAGAAGUUCCUGGCUCACCUAUUUUCAUCAUGAAAUUGGCGGAGUAUGCUCGUCAUUUAGAAGUACAGAUAAUUGCAGAUAUGUAUGGUAAUGCAGUUUCUUUGUUUGGCCGUGACUGUUCUGUACAAAGAAGGCAUCAAAAAAUUAUUGAAGAGGCCCCAUGUGUAAUAGCCAAGCCUGAAGUCUUUCGAAAAAUGGAACAGGCUGCUGUUUUAAACUAG